AUGGAAAAAGAAGUCGAGGAAGAGGAUUUGCACAUGCAAGUUACGCUUGUUACUGAUGAUACUUUUAGAGAACACAAAGGAUUUGAUCUUGCCAAUUUUUGUGAUCAACAAUAUUCUAUAUCAGAUCAACAAUAUUCUAUAUCAGAUCUUCCUGUGAUAAAUGUUCUUGAAACUGAUACAUUUAAUGAUUUUAAAGAGAUCGUAGCAGCCAAAUAUGAAAAACAACCUCAACAAAUUCGGUUUUGGGAAUAUGUCAAUAGACAAAAUAAAACUCUCAGACCUCAUGAAUUAAUAUCACCUGACAAUUUUAAUUUAACAAUGGUUGAAAUUUGUGAUAAAUUUACACCACGUAGUAAACCUAGAUUUUAUUUGGAGAUUGCAAAUAAACCAUUAGAUGACGAAGUUUGGUUUCCCACAACAAAUGAAAAAUUUAUAGUGUUUCUAAAAUUUUUUGAUUUCCAUGCACAAACUUUAGAAUGUCUUGGUUCUCUUUAUGUAGAAAAAUCUGAAAUGAAUCCAGAAUCAACAUUUUGUCAAUCUGAAAUACAAAAUGGAGAUAUAAUUUGCUUCCAAAAAGCUUUAACAGGAAAAGAGAUUAAAGAACUAUUUAUUACAGUUGAACUAUUGUCCAAUGUAAAGAAUGAAAUAUAA